AUGAUGGUCCUAUCAGCGGUUUCUUCCCCUCUGCCAUCACCAUCAGCCCCAACAGAGCAUGGUGUCAUGACCAGUGGCGGCGGAAAUGGUACUAGCCAGUGGGGAAGUGACGAAGGGAAGAUGAGAGACUCAGAACGAGAAAGAAGGGCUAUUGCCUCCACUGGCGAUGCUAGUGUUCCCAGGAGCAGAAGCAAGAGACGAGUCAGUGCCGACAUGAAAUCUAGCAGCACUGGUGGUGGUUCCAAGAGUGCAGCUUCCAUCAGCCAGCGAAGAAGGGAACAAAAAGCUGCUGGCAGUGGUGGGGGUAUGAGAAAAUCUUCCAGUGCUUCCAAUUUGCUCAGUCGAGCUGCCAUGGGAUCAUCUGAGCAGGGCACGGACAAGAAGCAUGACAGAAAAAUGGAUCUUGGUCAAGAAAAUGUUCUUACCAAGGACGCAAAAAAAGCAAAUCGAGAAAGCAAUCUACGGAAAAAUCAAGAUCCAGUAGGAGUCGAUCGGCCAGUCCACGGCGAUCACUGCAGGAAGGCUUGGUGA